AUGAACAAAGACUCCUCCCUCACGCAGAUCCACAUGCACCGCGCCUCGGACGCCGACCUCUUCGAGGACUUUUGCAAGGACAAGCUGCCCUGCGACGACAUCUACGUGGCGCCGCAGCACCAGCCCAUCAACCCCGAGGACGAGGACGACGUGGUGCCCGACCAGCACGCCGCGUUUGGCAUCCAGCGGGCCACGCAGAAGGUGCGGGAGCCGGCGUGGAGGGACCUGGGGCUGGGGGCGCUGAUGACCAAGGGGCCCGGGCGAGGGCAGCGGGUGGCCGGCAAGGCGGGCGGGAUGCCCAGGUGA